GUGAUACACAUUUGUUCAUAAUCAGUUUUUUCGCUGUGUUCAUAGCUGAAAAUUGUAAAUAGCCGAGUAAUUACUUAAGUAAUUACCCACACACAUACUGUAAAAUGAUACGAUUUAUACUCAUACAAAACCGUGCGGGCAAAACUCGCUUGGCCAAGUGGUAUAUGAACUUUGAUGACGACGAAAAACAAAAAUUAAUUGAAGAAGUGCACGCCGUAGUCACCGUGCGCGAUGCCAAGCACACCAACUUUGUAGAGUUUCGCAAUUUCAAAAUUGUGUACAGACGCUAUGCGGGUCUUUACUUUUGCAUCUGCGUGGACGUCAACGACAAUAAUCUGUGCUAUCUGGAGGCCAUACAUAAUUUUGUUGAGGUGCUGAACGAGUACUUCCAUAAUGUGUGCGAGCUGGAUCUCGUCUUUAAUUUCUACAAAGUGUAUAGUGUGGUCGACGAGAUGUUCUUGGCUGGCGAGAUACGCGAAACCUCACAGACAAAAGUGCUCAAACAGCUGCUAACGUUGAACUCAUUGGAAUAGUGGAAACGCAGGCAUAUCCACCCACUAAAACGAUGCAUUCCCCCAUAGCCCGCUUAUCGAAUCCUCAUAUAAUAUUAUGUACUAUUUAUCUACAUGUGUUCUAUAUGCAAGCAAAACAACUCUAAAAUGUUAAAUGAUGUGUUUAGAAUCAAAUAAUUUAUGAUAAGAGAUUAUUGCAAAUGCAUA